UUUUAAACGCUAGCACCGCAUCGAAUCCGAAUCCGAGUCCAAGACAGAAUUACAUUUACAAUUUACCCAACAUACUCAGGAGUGUUGUUUCUUCUUUUUUUUAUUGUGGUGCCACAAAGACGCAAGAAUAUUUCAAAGUGCUACAGUGCUAUCAAAAUCGGAUUGUGUGAACUCGCAUUGCCAUCUGGAGUCGCCAUGAGAGUAGCAGUUUUAUUGGGCACUCUAAGUGCUAUUCUGUGCAUUGCCAGUGGAUUGAGCCAGUCGGAGGCGGGCGGUUCGAAGGGCAAUGGCUUUCCCAAAAAGGUUACCAACCUGAAGAAGCGGCCAACCAAAACGCCAACUACUGCACCGAUUUCCACCAGCAGAGGGACCACCACCAAGCCUAGUAAGCCACGAGUGAAGAUUGCUAAGUCGGCAGCCACCAGGGGCACCACCAAGGCACCGGCCUUAACCGAGACAUUUGGAAACUUGCCUGCUGACGACCUGGAAUUCAUCAAGGAGCUGGACAAGCAGUUCAAACUUCACGGGGACAAGAUCAAGAUCAAGGUGGAGAGGGAUAAUUCCACGGGCAGCGGUGGCAAGAACAGCAAGAGGACCAUCGAAGGGGAUUUGGGAUACGGCUACUUGCAUCCUGGCUACGAUUACACGCCUCCCAAGUUCAUGUUCUAUCCGUACUCGCAGCACGAUAUACCCUCAGGCUUUGCCCAUCCCCAGCCACUUCCGGAGGAGCAGGAGGAGCCACAGCAGCCGGCGGUGCACCACCAUCACAAUCACGAGCAGGUGACCAGCGUCACCAUUGAACCCUCGUACUCUUACGAGCUUAAACCACAAACCAGCUAUGAGACCCAGCCGCAGCACACUGCCCCCGAACAGCCCCAGAUUGAUUUGCCCCAAGAAGAGGCUGAGGGUGCACAUGGCGCUGGCGACUAUAAGGAGCCUGUCAUUGUUCUGCGUAUCCCGGGUCCAGCUAAGUACGCCGCCCAUUUGCAGACCCUUCUCCAGCAGUAUCUCGAGAUCAGGGCGGCACAGUACCUCCAUUUGCUCCAGGAGGCAGAGCAGCAGCAACAACAGCAACAUCAGCAGCAACCACAUGUGGAUCCCUCACAGCAAUACGGACCACCAGAACCUGCCACAUACCACCAGGAAGUCAGCUACGCUCACCAGUUGGCACCCACUCCUCCGCCAGUCCAGUACGCACCCAUCGACGAUGUCUACCAGAGCUACAAGGGGCGCCACCAGCAACAGUUGCAGCUGGAGCAGCAACAGUACGAGCCGCAGCAAUACUACGCCCCCAUGGACUACCAGCAACCUACUCAGUUCUAUUAUGCCCAGCCACAAACUCACUUGCAGCACCAGCCUCAGGUCUAUCUUAUAGCAAUGGCCCAUCCAGAACAGGAACCACAACCACAGCAGCUUCAUCAUCAGCAUGUGCACCAGCAGCACCAGCAGCAGCAGCAACAGCCGGAGCAGCAGCAUCAGCAGCCAAUAUAUGUGCCAGAAUCUGAUCAACCCACAGGUCCUGGUGUCCCGGAACAGGAACCGGAACCGGAGCACAGUCUACCAAUCACGGAGAACAACCCACGACCCACCCACACCAAGGUCAUCUUCAAUCCCUAUCCCUACAAGCAGCAGCAGCAGGCCGACAUCGAAGAGGAACAAGAACCAUCCGAGGGAGAGCGUCCCUUCAACUACCACGCCCACGGCCUCAAGAUGCGCCAGGGAAAGAGGGCGGCUAGUCCUGAGCCUGCGGAAGGAGCGGACAAGAGGCUGCAACAAAUCCGGGAGUAUGUGAGGGAGAAACUGGGCGCUGAAAUGGGCUCGGCUGUGGAAUACAAGACGACGCAGCUGCUUGAGGGCUGAUGCUCGAAUCCACGUCCGCGGGGGGAAUGGAGAUUCACUAGAAAGCGCACACUGACUGCCAGGAUGAAUUUAGCAAAUUAGGGCGUCAAAAUCUAAACUAACGACAUGGUUUCCCAACGUGGCUACUUGUGACGAUUCAAAAUAAGUUAUCGCGAGAGCCACAGAAAUAUCUAGAUACUAAAAUCAAAUCAAAAUGUUUCUGGAAGUAUGUCGCCUCUAAAUAUUUCAGAACUCUUCAAAUUUCUGUCGCUCCACUAUUUUUUAUGGAAAAGUCAGGCAGAUUUUCAAUAUCUCUAGAGGUCAAUACUAUUUAAAGUAAAGUAAGAGUAAGCCAUUCUGGCUUGGCCAGGUACCAACUGGCUUUUGAAUUGCAAUCCAUAAAAAUAAUACUUUAGCAUCAUAUGUGGCUAUAAUAAUUUAUUAAACCUUUGGAUACUUUUAGAAGAUAGUAUUGGCUCUAGAACAUUGAGAAACAUGCGUGCUUUCUGCAACCCAAAAACCAUUCCUACACGACAGUAUCUUUUCAGUGGGUGCCAUCCCCCAACUAACUCGUAUUGUUAACACAACUUGUGGUUGCUUCAUGUGCCUGAUAUCCGUUCAUUAGUAUUUAUUCCAAGCUAGAAGAAUUGGGGGAAGACCCUCCAGCUCCAAAUCUCACACUAAACCUGUCCAACACCCUCACACCGCAGUGCGAAGGCAUACUUUUGGGUAACACUCAUUGAGGGGGCCUAAAAGUAGGCACGUUUUCCCCAUUUAUUCGUGCAGAGGUGCGGGACACAUACGCUUUUCAUUAUUUUGUACGAUGUUUGUUUAUGUUGUUUAUAUUGUUAACCAAGAAAACGUGCUGCUGAUCAUGUGUGCAAUAUUAAGUCUGUAAUUGAAUUUGUUUUUUAUAUGUACUUUUAUUUUUGUAUGAAUAAACCGAAAAGAAACUAAUUUGAAAAUCAA